GGAGGGGCUUGCACACGAGUCUAUCAGUUACCAGGUAUAAACCUGAAAUAGAAGCAACUGAAGAAAAACAAUAUUUGACGAGCAGGCUGAUUAUUCUUUUAGCUGAGGAUAUUUUAAGACAUGUUUCUUAACUCUGAAUUAGAUUCAAUGUCUCGCUGCAGCACAGAAUCUCCUGUCGGGGACACCCUGAUGUACGAUCAAAAGACGCAAGAUUACUCUUUCUCCUGGUCCUCAGCUUCGCCGUCAGAGAGCAGUGCACAGGAUCUCUGCCCAGACAUGGAUAUACCAGCCACUUCAUUUGUUCCAACAGUGACUGCAAUUUCCACUACCCCAGAUUUGCAGUGGAUGGUCCAGCCGACUAUUAUAACAUCUGUCUCCCCAUCUCUGGGUAGCAAGCAAGCCAAUGAAGUGCAGAGCUCUCACCAGGCAACACCCAAAGUGGGCGGGAGCAGGGGAAAAAACACUGGCAGAAAGGGGAAAAUCGAACAGCUCUCUCCAGAGGAAGAAGAGAAGAAGAGGGUGAGGAGAGAGAGGAAUAAAAUGGCUGCAGCCAAGUGUCGCAACAGACGGAGGGAACUCACUGAUACACUGCAAGCUGAGACUGAUCAGCUGGAGGAAGACAAAGCAGCUCUGCAGAUUGAGAUAGCCAAUCUCCUCAAAGAGAAAGAGAGGCUCGAAAUUGUCCUCGCUACUCAUAGCUCUGUGUGCCAAAUUGCAGAAGACCUAGACUCCAUCUUCUUGGAGCCCAGUGGGUCUCCCGAGCUGCCCCCCAGCCCAGAGGGGAGUAAGCUCCAUGAGGACAGUGGCCAGGAAGCUCCCUCGCUCCAGGACAUGGACAUUCCCAGUGACCCGUCCACAGCCAUCUCUGGGAACUCCAACAUCCUACUCUGUGCCAGUGCUGAAGUAAACAUCUGCGACCUUGAGCCCUCUUUGGAUAUGAAGGAGGGGCUCCUGGACAAUCUGCUGCCCAGCAUGGAGGAGAAAGUCCCUACAGAGACUGCCCGCUCUGUACCAGACAUUGACCUGAGCGGUUCCCUUGGGGUUACGGACUGGGAAACCCUGUACAAAUCUGUGUCUAACGACCUAGAGCCUCUGAGCACUCCUGUUGUGACCUCGACCCCCACCUGUAGCAGCUACCUGACCAUUUUCACAUUCUCCUGUCCCGAGCUCGACUCCCUUGGAGAGGGGUUUGACGGUCGCAAAAGUGGAGUGGGCAAGGCUGAAUCUGUUGAUAUCCUCAAGUCUCCAACCCUGUUGGCCUUAUAAAUGUAAGCAGAGGGAGUUGAUUGGUGGAUCACUGCAGUUGGUAUCCCCAAUUGUAAUAAGAUAUCAGAGACUUGCUGUGGUGUCAGCACUUCAGUUUGAGGAUUACAUCAAUGAAAUGUGUUACUUGACUAAGCAAGUAUAAACUUCUUCCAGAUACAAUUGAUGUAGCUAAAAGCAUGGCUAUACAUUUUACAGAUGGGGAUGAAGUAUGUUCUGUUUAACGCAUGCCGAGGAAUUCCAAAUAAUGUUCAUAUAUGUUUGAUCUGAUAAACUGUGUUGUGGAAUUGACUGUAUGGUUUUGUGCUUCAAAUGGGAAUAGUAUAUCAAUAGCAAUGAAUAUUGUGUUAAAGUAAACAUCCAUGUUCAGUACUUACAUACCUCAAUGUCAUCCACUGUGAUUUGACCUCAUUGUUACAAUGUUUAGAGUUUUCCAUGAAAACAUCCAGUGCUAUAUCUAUCCAGAUGUAAUUUAUGAUGAUUUAUUUUUUUACCUCAGAUUUGGACUUGUUUGUCAAAUAAAAAAAGUUAAUGAGCAUUGAUUGCUUAUAGAUAAAUAUUAA